AUGAAGGAAAGAUUCAGAGUUGUUGAUAUCUCAGCAGUGGAGUUCUGGAAAGAAGAGGAGAGAGAAAGAGAGGGGAGGAGGAAUGAAGAGACUCUCCUUGGUGAUAUCGAAGUCUUAGGGCAUAAAAAGAACAAGGAUGGCUCGUUUGAUAGAUACAAAGCCCGCCUUGUGGGAGAUGGUGCAGGUCAGCAAGUUGGUAUUGAUUGUUCUGAAACUUUCAGUCCUGUUGUGAAACCAGCUACUAUUUGCACUGUCCUCAGCAUUGCCUUAUCAAAAGGAUGGUGUCUCCAUCAGCUAGAUGUCAAAAACGCUUUUCUCCAUGGUACUCUUGCGGAACAGUUUAUAUGCACCAGGUCUGAUUAUUCUCUUUUUGUUUAUCGUCGGGGUAAUGAUAUGGCAUAUAUUCUGCUUUAUGGUGAUGACAUUAUCCUAGCUGCUUCUUCUGACACUCUUCGGACUUCUAUUAUGUCUUUGCUUUUCUCUAAGUUUGCAAUGAAAGACUUGGGUCCUCUAAGCUACUUCUUAGGCAUUGCUGUUACACGUCACUCAGGUGGCCUAUUCUUGUCUCAAAAACAGUAUGCUUCAGAAAUUAUUGAGCGUGCAGGCAUGACAUCUUGCAAGCCUUCUUCCACUCCCGUAGACACUAAGGCGAAGCUAGGCGCCUCUGCGGGUCCCCCUACGGAUGACCCUUCUCACUAUUGCAGCCUUGCAGGUGCACUUCAGUAUCUCACUUUCACACGGCCAGACAUUUCCUACGCCGUUCAGCAAGUCUGCCUAUUCAUGGAUGAUCCACGCCAAGAGCAUAUGCAUGCCCUCAAGCGUAUCAUUCGCUACAUCCAAGGUACUCUAGAUCUUGAUUUGCACCUUUAUCCAUCAUCUGUUUCUACUCUUACAUCAUAUACAGAUGCAGAUUGGGGGGAUGCCCGGAUACGAGACGUUCGACGUCCGGCUAUUUUGUCUUCUUAG